AUGAACAUCGCUGGCUUUCUAAAAUCUCAAUUCCUUUGUCAUCUUUUCAUCAGCUAUGUGUUUAUUGGAACUGGACUUAUCAUUAAUUGUAUUCAACUUUUUACUCUUCUCCUAUGGCCUUUUAACAAACAAUUGUACCGGAAAAUCAACUGCAGAUUGGCAUAUUGCAUAUCAAGCCAAUUGGUGAUGUUGUUGGAGUGGUGGUCAGGCACGGAUUGUACUCUGUACACUGACCUUGAAAGCUACCCCAAAUACGGCAAAGAAAAUGCAAUAGUAGUUCUUAAUCACAACUUUGAAAUCGACUUUCUGUGUGGCUGGAAUUUCUGUGAAAGAUUUGGAGUUCUGGGGAGCUCAAAAGUCCUAGCCAAGAAAGAGUUGUCCUACGUGCCAGUAAUCGGCUGGAUGUGGUACUUCUUAGAGAUAGUGUUUUGUAAGCGAAAAUGGGAAGAAGAUCGGAAAACAGUUAUGCAAGGCUUAAGGAAUCUUAAAGACUACCCUGAACAUUUUUGGUUUCUAAUUCACUGCGAGGGCACACGCUUCACAGAGAAGAAACAUGAAAUCAGCAUGCAAGUUGCAGAAGCCAAAGGCCUUCCCAAAUUGAAAUAUCACCUCCUACCCAGAACAAAAGGAUUUGCUGUCACUGUGCAAAGUUUAAGAAAUGUAGCCUCUGCCGUAUAUGAUUCUACACUGAACUUCAGAAACAAUGAAAAUCCUACUCUACUUGGCAUUUUAAAUGGGAAGAAGUAUCAUGCAGACCUUUAUGUAAGACGAAUUCCCUUAGAUGAAAUCCCUGAAGAUGAACAGGAAUGUGCCAGUUGGCUUCACAAGCUGUACCAGGAAAAAGACGCCUUUCAAGAAGAAUACUACAAGACAGGAAUAUAUCCGGGAACUGCUAUUGUGCCUGCACGUAGACCAUGGACUCUUGUGAACUGGUUGUUCUGGGCAUCUCUGCUGUCCUACCCCCUAUGCAAAGUGCUUGCUAAUAUGAUCAACAGCGGAUCAUACUUCACGCUGGCUAUGUUUGCGCUACUUAUGGUAAUAGUCUCUGUCGGAGUGCGGCGAAUGAUUGGAGUCACUGAAAUAGACAGAGGAUCCACUUACGGCAACAACGAAAGCAAACAAAAAAAGACUUGA